GUGGAUUAAGAGGAUCUCUCCUCUCAUAUUUGGCCUGGCAUUAUAGUGAAUAUUCGUUAAAUGUGACACCAUGCCACAGAUGAAGUUUGCUCAGUCAUGUUGAGAGCCAAGGAACCGGGCUCUUUGGCCGCGCUGGCCUCCACCCUUCUUUUGGCAUGCGGCGUUGCGUUCUCCAUCGGACAGAACGACACAGAGCCUGUAGUUUUGGAAGGAAAAUGUUUAGUUGUGUGUGACUCGAACCCGUCCGCCGAAGGAGGAGUGACUUCGUCGUUUGGGAUUUCUGUCCGAGCUGCUGGGGCAAAAGUGGCUUUUUCAGCCGUCAGAGGAACUAACCAUGAACCAUCAGAGAUGAGUAACAAAUCAAUGACAAUCUACUUUGAUCAGGUACUAGUGAACAUUGGAAAUCAUUUCGAUCUUAAGGCGAGUGUAUUUCAAGCUCCGCGGAGAGGCAUUUACAGCUUCAGUUUUCACGUUGUGAAGGUCUACAACCGACAGACAAUUCAAGUCAAUCUGAUGCACAAUGAAUACCCAAUAAUAUCUGCUUUUGCCGGUGAUCAAGAUGUCACUCGCGAGGCAGCGAGUAAUGGAGUUCUGCUGCACCUGGAGCGCGAGGAUAGACUCUAUCUCAAACUGGAGAGAGGGAAUCUCAUGGGCGGGUGGAAGUACUCCACAUUCUCUGGCUUCCUUGUUUUCCCUCUCUAAUUUCAUAUACUUUAAAUGCAGGGUUGGGAGAGUUACUUUUAAAAUGUAUUCCACUACAGAUUACAGAAUAGGCUACAUGCUGUAAAAUGUCAUUUGUAAUGUAGGCUAUUCCUUUAGAUUACUCAAGGUCAGUAACUUAUUCUAAAUACUUUGGAUUACUUCUGCACUGAUAGAUAUUUUCACUUGUUUUGACUAUAAAAAAUCUGCCAGUACAGCAAGACAAAAUACACAUGUUAAAAAUACAUUCUCUGAAAAACCUAAAUAUCUUAUGCAGUGUUGCUUUUAAAACAAGAUUAAUCUAAUUGAUCUUGUUUUAAGGAGUUUUAGAUAUUUUUACAGAAAAACAAUAUAAAUAAAUCUCAUCAAGAAUAAGAUUUUUGCCCUAAUUUCAAAGGUCUUACUAGAGACAAAAAAUUAUGAUCUAACAUGGAUUUUCUCGAUUAAAGAAAAUGGCUAGAAAUAGCAUUUCUAUUUCUUGUACUCCAAACUUACUUCAAACUUACUUCUCUGUCUGCUCGUAUGAAUGUAACACAUCAUAAGAAAGUGUUUCACCGCUGUUCAAAUGCACUUUGGAUCGCAUCAUUUAUACGUAUAAAUGUUUUCCAUCUGAAAGGACUAAAUAUUAAAUGAAACAAAUGACAAUAAAAUGCAAAGUAAUCUCUCCAGUAAUCAAAAUACAUUUCGAAUGUAACUGUAUUCUGAUUACCAACAAUUCAAACAGUGACUGUAGUGGAAUACAUAAAUGUAAUUACUUAUAUUUUGUAUUUUAAAUACGUAAUCCCGUUACAUGUAUUCCGUUACUCCCCAACCCUGUUUAAAUGGCUCAGAAUGAAGACUAAGUGGCGUGUUUAACCAUUUGUGAGAUUCAAAAGCAAGUAGGACAGUCAUGACCAUUUCAUGUGUCUGCAUAUUGCUUUGGAAAAGAAUGAUUAUCUUAGUGUGUUACUGUCUAAUCUGCAUUUUCUUGAGUUCAGGAGCAUAUUUUGCAUGAAGUGUGUUUUGUUACGUGCUCGUCAUUGAAUUUCUUUUUGUAAAGCCCUCAUAAAUGUGAUGUUCAAUAUGAGCGAAGUACAAAAAUAGCCAUUUCUCUGUAAUUGUUGUUGUUCAGCUUAAUGCAUAGAUAAGCAAUGGUAUCUUGCUUUUUAUAUUACUUGAAUGUAAAUAUACCAUGUCAUAAACACAAGGAAUGUAUUUAGAACUGUUCUAGCACUUUUUAUUUAUUAAUUUUAUUUGCGGAAAAAGGUUAAUAAAGACAUUUCAGGAGAGAACUCAGAGUGCUGUCCAUGGUGCUGAAAAACAACAACU